UGGUCUGGGACAGUCUGGCAGAGAGGUGAGGGGCCUGGGGCCAGCUGGGGCCUCUGGGGCUCAGCGUGUGCGUGAAUGAGAGACUGUUGGAGUUUGGGAGGCUUUGGGCAAAGUCCAAGCUGAGCAGGUGGAAGGGAGAGGGGCUGAGCGUGGUCUAGGCCUUCCCAGGAAUGUCGAUUCAAUUCAGGGUGCCCUGCAGAAGAAGGCACGGUGCUGGGGACCCUGAGGGGCGAGAGUGGGUUCUGCUGCCAGAGGGGCAGGGCUGGGCAUUCUGCCAGCCAAGGGGCUGGCCUGAGUUGUCCCAGCCCUGGCACCAGGGAUUGGGCUGUGGAGUGCCACCCAGGUGGCCUCUGGGGAAAUACUUUGGGGACAAGGGAGGUGGACAGCAUUGGUGGGCCUUACCUCAACUCAGAGAUGUGACAGGCUAGCUACCUGGUCUCCAGAAUGGACGGGCCUGUGGUGGAGCAUGCCAAGCAGGAGCCCUUCCACGUGGUCACGCCUCUGUUGGAGAGCUGGGCGCUGUCCCAGGUGGCAGGCGUGCCUGUCUUCCUCAAGUGUGAGAAUGUGCAGCCCAGCGGCUCCUUCAAGAUUCGGGGCAUUGGGCAUUUUUGCCAGGAGAUGGCCAAGAAGGGAUGCAGACACCUGGUGUGCUCCUCAGGGGGUAAUGCGGGCAUCGCUGCUGCCUACGCCGCUGGGAAGCUGGGCAUCCCCGCCACCAUCGUGCUCCCCGAGAACACCUCCUUGCAGGUGGUGCAGAGGCUGCAGGGGGAGGGGGCCAAGGUCCAGCUCACUGGAAAGGUCUGGGACGAGGCCAAUCUGAGGGCACAAGAGUUGGCCAAAAGGGACGGCUGGGUGAAUGUCCACCCAUUUGACCACCCCUUAAUAUGGGAAGGCCACACGAGCCUGGUGCGGGAGCUGAAGGCAGUGCUGGGGACCCCGCCAGGUGCCCUGGUGCUGGCAGUUGGGGGCGGAGGCCUCCUGGCUGGGGUGGUGGCUGGCUUGCUGGAGGUGGGCUGGCAGCAUGUGCCCAUCAUUGCCAUGGAGACCCGUGGGGCACACAGCUUCAAUGCGGCCAUCAAGGCUGGCAAGGUGGUCACAUUGCCAGACAUCACCAGUGUGGCCAAGUGCCUGGGUGCCAAGACGGUGGCCGCACGGGCCCUGGAGUGCACGCGGGUGUGCGAGAUCCAUUCUGAAGUGGUGGAGGAUGCCGAGGCUGUGAGCGCUGUACAGCAGUUCCUGGAUGAUGAGCGUAUGCUGGUGGAGCCUGCCUGUGGGGCAGCCUUGGCAGCUGUCUACUCAGGUCUCCUGGGGAGGCUCCAGGCUGAGGGUUGCCUGCCCGCUUCCCUGACCUCAGUUGUGGUCAUCGUGUGUGGAGGUAACAGCAUCAAUAGCCAAGAGCUGCAGGCUCUGAAAACCCAGCUGGGCCAGGUCUGAGGGCCUAGCCUAGCCCCAAGAGCCAGAGAGGUACAUGGAGACUCCUGUAGCUGGCUGAGUGCGGCUCAGUGCUGAUGGGUGGCAGUGGAAGCUGCCCUGCGCACCUGUGCUGGGUGCCUCCCGAAGUAAGCCCUCCCGGACUGCCCCUUUUGGCUCCCUGACAACUCCAGUCAAUAAACACUUUCUGAGCUAAGUUUGUAA